UCGAACUCCCAAGGAUAAGGGAGAAGGAGAGAGCCACACAACCAAGAAAGCAAGAGAAAGGGGAAGCUGCCGCAGGUUCGUUUUCCAGUGCGUAAGGUUACUUGUUUGCUUCAUAUCUCGAGUUAUACACAUCCAAAUAAGGCGUGCGAGAUACCCACAAAAAGCUCUCAAGACGAGGAAUCCGUGAAGGUCUGGUUUGCAUCAAUCGGAGUAGUGGAAGGCUUCCAAAUCGUCCGAGCAAAACACAACCUCGCGGAAUACGUUUUUGUAUUCAAGGUAAGUUUGAAUCCAAAACUUUCCUCUCUAUUGUCUAAACCAUAUAAAUGAUUGAAGAACUAUUAUACACUGAUUGAAGUGUAUAAAAUGUUAUUAUAAAGUGACUUUAAUUGUUGGAAAAGUUAGAUACUAAUCUAGACAAAACCUUGAAAGGUUAGGGAACGAUUUCGUCGGGAACACCCGUUCUAGGGACUGUUUUUGUGUCCUCGGUUAGGAGUUGAACUAGCACUUUGGAGAGGCUGUUUAACACUCAAUUCCAAGCAAGGAAUCAGUUCUCAAUCUUCCUUGGCCAAAGCUUUGACCAUGGGAUCAAGAAAGAAAGGUUUGAAGCUCAAUUAAGGGUUGGAAAUGGCACAUAAGCGACUAAAAACCAAUAAGACAGUGCGUGCCUCAAGUUCUCAAACACAUUUGGAGUCUUCAAAGAGCUGUCAAAAUAAGGAACAAUCUGCUUUGCCUCAAAAUAAUGUCCAACAUGUGAAUGAAGAAGUAGAUCAAGUCACGGUUCCACCAAAGCCUAAAAAGCUUCGAGGUUACACGCGUAUGAUUGAGAUAUGGGACUUGGAAAAAGAGGAACAAGUGAUAGUUGAAGUGAAUGCUCACCAUAUUCCAAUAGGUGAUUCAGCUGCAAAGCUAACUAGGUUCAUUGGUACCAUGGUUAGAAUGUCCGAUUUUGCCCCAUUGAGUUACACGACUUGGCCUCAACUUCCAGCUAGAAAGAAGAAUGAAAUGUGGGAGAUGAUUAAGGAGAAGUUUCAGUUCAAAACAUUGGAUGGAAAAGAGGUUAUAGAUGGAGAGGCUUUUAAAUGUAUAAAUGUGUGGGCACUUGAGAACAUGAGUACUAAGUGGAGGUCAUGGAAAAAUGAAUUGAAAAGCGAGUACUUCGAUGAAACGAUGACACCACAUGAAAUGUCUUCAAAGGUUGAUGACAGUCGAGUGGAUAAAGAUCAGUUCAUUAGCAUUGCAAAAUAUUGGCUUACUGAUGAAGCAAAGGAACAAAGCACCAAAAAUAAGGAAAAUUGUUCUAAAUCAAAAGAGCCUCAUUGCACAGGAACAAAGUCUUUUCCGAGAGUUAUUCAUGAGAUGACAGAAGAAAGCAAUGGUAUUCAUCCAUCACGUGCUAAGGUUUAUGUUCGUACUCGAACACGAAAAAAUGGGAGCAUUGUGAAUGAUGAAGCUGCUGAAGUUGUGGAACAAAUGAAACAAAAAAUGAGUGAAACAACUCUAGAAAGUGAUGGUACGUCAUGGGAGAGCGAUGUUUAUGCACAAGUUAAGGGACCCGAGAAAAGAGGCUAUGUUCGUUGCACGGGAACAAAAAUAAAAAGAUCCAAUAGUUGCGGUUCUUCAUGUACACAACGACAACAAAAAAAUGAUGAGGUAGAAAUGAUGAAGGCUGAGAUUUGUGGACUGAAAACAACACUAAAUCACAUGUUGUCUGUAAUGAAAAGAAUAUUUCCUGAAGAUGAAUUGAGUAACAUAAUUAUUGGACAGGUACCUGAUGUCAAUAGUACCCCACAUGUCUCACCGGAUGAAAAUAACCAGUCUUCCGAGUCAAGCCAUCAAAUGGGUGAAAGUGAAAUAUAAUCUGGUUCUCAAGAUUUGAUAUGCGGAUGGAGGCAAUCAACAUGGAUACGUGAAUUAAAAGGAUUGACUUGUGUUACAGAAGGAUUUGAAUUCCAUUUAUGUUUUGUCCCAAAAUUCAGAAUUAUAACUUGAUUUGGAUUUUUAUUAUGAAUAAUAUUCACUUUAUAAAGACGUUUAUUAGUAAAGUUGAAUGAUUUUGGAAUGAUAUUUGUAUUAGUUAUUGUUAUUUGUAAUUCUAUUGAUAUUUGUAUUUGUUAUUGUUAUUUGUAAUUCUAUUUUGGAUUGUGAGUGAU